AUGCCGCGAACGAGCCCCGGCGCGCGCACGCGACAGCGGCGCACGGCGGCGCUGCCAGUGGUCGAUAGUGCCAACUCCAUGGAAAACCCCUCUGCGCGGGAUGCCCCCCCGCCUCCGCGUGCGCCGGCGGCGGGCGACGGCAAGACGCCGGACGAGCACGAGGAGACCUGGCUCGUGAACCGCAUCGUGCGCUCCGAGCAAGUGGCUGGCCACUUGGCGCGCAACGCCCCCCGCCUCGCUGUGCUGCUCGUGAUCGUCGCCGUGGUGUGGCUUGUCUUCCUGCCUGUGCCGCAGGAGCCCUUCUCGCGCGCCGUGUAUGUGGACGAGAAUGCUCUGCAGCCCGCGCAGCAGCGCAUGCACUGGGACAGGGCGCAGGUCGAGGCGUCGGACCGCCUCUCGGACCGCCUCUUGGCGCUGGCUCAGCAGGGCGACUCUGCGGCACGCAUCCGCUUUCUCGCAGACGAGCUGGCCUCGUACGGCCUCGACGUGAACACACAGGCCUACUCGUUUGCGCUCCCUGGCGGCGCGAAUGUGAGCGGCUGCAACGUGUAUGCGCGCGCGCGCAUGCCUCGCAUCGAUGGCCGCGAGGCGAUGGUCCUCGCCGCCAGCUGGCGCAGCCGCUGGCGGGAGCGCCCAACGACCGGCGCCUCGCUCCCGUACGUCCCCGACGACGGUACGCUGCGCGCCGUCAACGUCCGCGGCGUGUCGCUCGUGCUCGCAAUGGCCCAGUACAUGGUCGCACACCCCCACUGGAGCAAGGAUCUGCUCGUGGUCAUCAGCGACGGGUACCUCGACGGCAUGCACGCAUGGGCGAGCGAGUGGUUCGGGCGCGAACAGCCGAAUCUCAGGGCCGAUCCCGUGUACGGCGCGGGCUCGCAGGUCUGGAACGCGCUCGCACUCGACUACCCGUCCGACUCGUUCUCGUCCAUGUCCCUGCUCCACGAGGGCCGCGAUGGGCAGCUGCCGAACCUCGACACGCUGAACACGAUCAGCACAGUCGUGAAGCAGACACUCCUCACGCCGCCGCUGGGUCUGCACGGCGCCACAUUUGAGCAGAUGCGCUACGAGACACCAGGCGCCCAUGCCUUUGCGUCGUGGCUGCCGACCGCCUGGCUCGAGCGCCACUGGCUCGGGCGCGGCGGUGUGCAAGCGUACCUGGCCGGCUGGCGCGCGCUCCUGUCGCAGUGGCGCCUACAGCUCGCCGGGCACCCCAGCGGCAUACAUGGCGUGCUGCUCCCCUUCCACGUCGACGCCGCAACCAUCUUCGCCGAGCCGGCGCCGGGCCCGUACGGGUUCCUGCAGCUCGGCAAGGUCGUCGAGGGCACAAUGACCUCGUUCUCGAAUCUGCUCGAGCGCUUGCACCACUCGCAGUUCUUCUACCUGCUGCUCUCGCCCUGGCGCUUUGUGCAGAUCUCCGUGGGCAUCCUUGUGCCGCUCCUUCUCGGCGCCGCACUGACCGUAUCGGGCCUCGUACUCUGGGCACAGCUCGCGCGUGCGCGCGAUGCCACGCGCGACGCCCUGCGCCGCACACACACGCCCGGCCCCUGGCUCGCGGCGCCGACACUGCGCGAGCUCGUGGACCAGGGCGGCACAGAGGCCGUGCCGGCGUUCCGCGCGGCCGGGCGCCCCGUCGUCCCUGCGCUCGUCGGCAUGGCCCUCGCGCACGGCGCCGCGCUCGUGUAUCUGGCACUGCUCCUGCGGUGGCCGACACAGUGCACCGCACGCGGCCUCUGGCACUGCCCCUCGUUCACCGCGAGCGCCACAUGGAUGGCCGUGGCGCCGAUGGGCAUCGCCGCCGUCCUCGCGCGCGCCAGCGCCGCGCGCGCGCGCGCCCAGUGCCUGCACGCCUUCUCGCUCCUGCAUGCCGGCAUGCUUGUCAGCGUCCUGGCCACGACCAACCUGGCACAGGCCACGGCCAUGGCCCUCCUCGUCUGCGGGACACUGUACCCCCUCUCGCCAGCCCGCCGCUGGCGCCUCGCGUACGUGGGCCACGCCGCGUGGCUCCUGGCCGCCACGCCGCCGAUCCUCGCGCUCGCCCUCACACGCUGGCCACGCGCCUGGCCGCUCGCGCCCAGCGUCUCCCAUGUGCAUGGCUUUGCGCUCUGGGACUGGCACGUGCUGCGCACGCACACGCUCGCUGUGCUGUGUCUCGGCUACGUCCCGGUGCUCCUGCAGGGCGCCGCGGCCAGCUGGUUGUACUGGCUGGGGCAUUAG